AUGGGCCGCUUGGACGGCUGGGACCUUCCUGCCCUGCUGGUGGAGUUUUUGGAGGCUUUCGUCCACCAGGCGCUGCACGCCCGCCGCCUGUACGACGACCGGGCCUUCGAGAGGCGACGGCUGUACGGAGCAUUUGUGCACAAGUCCCGGCAUCCGGGUCUGAACGACUACGUAAGGGACGCGGUGGCGAGCCUGAAGGGUGCCAUUGCCAAGGAGGCACUGCUGCAGCUGAGUGUCGUGUUCUUUGCUAGAGAUGGAGAGGCUGUUGAGAAGGUGACAGUCAAUCUCAAGAGGGUGCGGUUGGGGACAUUGGAUGCAAACUCCCUGAAGGACUUGGAGUCCGGAUUCAGAAACGCGCUGUUGAAAUUGAGCUUCGUGGAUGCCUUGAUCGAACCUUUGCCACCAGGUGAGAGAAAUGCAGUGCACAGCAAAAACUUGACGAAACUGUGGGAAAAUUUUACGACUAACAAACGAGUUCAAUUUCAAAUUUUGGCUUCGGGGUGGAGAUUAUGA